UGUGGACUUAGCACUCCAUGACCAAGUUCACCUACUAGAAUGUGCCUGGUUAGAGAUAUUGAUGAUUGGCCUAGUGUGGAGAUCUAUGGAGCAUCCCGGAAAGCUGCUGUUUGCCCCCAACUUAUUGUUGGACAGGAAUCAAGGAAAAUGUGUUGAAGGCAUGGUAGAAAUAUUUGACAUGCUGCUGGCCACUUCUUCUCGCUUUCGAAUGAUGAACGUCCAGGGAGAAGAAUUUGUAUGCCUUAAAUCUAUCAUCCUACUCAAUUCUGGGAUAUACACAUUUCUUUCUAGCACCUUGAAAUCCCUGGAGGAAAAAGAGCAUAUCCACCAUGUUCUAGAUAAGGUUACUGACACUUUGAUGCAUUUAAUGGCCAAAUCUGGCCUUUCCCAACAGCAGCAACAUAGGCGCUUGGCUCAGCUCCUCCUCAUCCUUUCCCACAUCAGGCACAUGAGCAAUAAAGGGAUGGAGCAUCUGUAUAACAUGAAGUGCAAGAACGUGGUCCCACUUUACGAUUUAUUGCUGGAAAUGCUGGAUGCUCACCGUCUGCAUGCUCCUGCCACUAGGAACACGCCUCACAGUGAAGAGGAGAUUUCAAACCAGCUGGCCAUGGCACCUGCUUCAAUGCAUUCCUUACCACCUUGCUAUGUGAACAAACAGGAAGAAGAAACCGUGCAAGAAGCAGUCUGAAAUCAGAUUGCAAACAGCCUACAGGAUUCUGAGCAUCUCAUCAAAAAAAUCACCCGGCUUAGAUGAACUGGUACCAUGUCUAAGCACUCCAAUACUCAACAAUCACCAGUGAUUCCGAAAACAAUGAUGGUCAACUUCAUUAAUGGCAAAAAAAUUCAUAACUUUGGACAUAAUAGGUGGUUUCAUUUUCUUUAAAAAGUGUGUUUGUGUUAGCAAGACACAAGCUUAAGGAUUCCUGUACUCUGUUUGCUGGUAUCAUAUAGAGAAGUUGGACGAUCUUUCAUUUUUAAAUCAAUUGGGCAAAAAUCCCAGCUGAGUUGAGUAGGUGAUGUUUACAUGUAAUUUUUAUUGGCUGUCUGGUGGAUACAAGAAAAGUACACCACCCAGAUACAGUAUACAAAGCAAUGGUGGUUAAGGACUAAGAUUCUGUUAGACUCCCAUUAAAAAAAAAAACUAAGAGAAAGCAGAAGGGAAAAUAUGAAUUUAAGAUGUUUCUGUUGGGAUUCAUUCCUUUCAGUGAUACAUAUACAAUAUUCAAAUAGGUUAAUCUAUCCUCUCAAACUUUGUAGGCUGCUCCAGUUUAUUUCAGGAAAAAAGCCCCUCAGUUAACUUAAAAUAACUUAAAAUAACUGUGAGAUUAAGCUAAACUCUUGUGGUAUCUCCAAGGGGGCUGACUCAGCCCUACAGGGUUUCCAUAGUAAAGAUAAACAGGUGGACUGAAAAUUCAUAUUAUCAUUUAAAAAAAAAACUGACAUAAUUCAAUUCAUCGGCCCGCUAAAUUCACAAUGAGGGUCCAAAUGUUACAGAUUUCUCCCCAUAUCCGCCUGAGGGUGAAUUUUGGUGCUGACCAUUACUAAUAGACCAUAGCCCGAUUAAAGUAUGAAAUUGUAUCAAUUAAUUGUGAAUCACCCAAGGAUCUCUGGCUGAAAAUAUAAUUGAUCAGUUGUACAUAUUAUACCAUCUAAUUCAUAACUUAAGUGACAGAUCACAUAUGAACUGCCAACCGCCAGGAAUGGAAUAGUCUGCCCAUUCUACUUGCUUGCUUUCCACUGAAGGUAACUUUGUGGGAGAGUUGCACCUGCACAUGGUGGUAUCUGAAAUUAACUUUCAGAAAAUCCCAGGUCUAUUUAAUACAAUCAGUGCUCCACAGUAGGGAAAAUCACCUGUCUCCUUGAGCAAGGUCCUGCAUUUGCAUGUGAUACUCCCUAAUAUCUGCCAAAGCAACAGAGUCCCAAAGAUGCUUUUUCAAGAGACAGCUGGACUUUCUGGUUUUUCUUCGAAGAUGUUUGGCUUCUCAGAUGAAUCCUUCCACUCCCCACCAUCCAGUCAGAGCCGAAGAAACUUCUUGGAUGAGAAGUGAAACGUCUUCAAAGAAGAAUCAGAAAGUCCAGUUGCCUCUUGAAAAAAAGCACCUUUGGGACAAACAUGACCUAGAUCAGGGGUCUCCAACCUUGGUGACUUUAAGACUUGUGGAUUUCAACUCCCAGAAAGUCCACAAGCCUUAAAGUUGCCAAGGUUGGAGACCUCUGACCUAGAUGACUGAGAAUCUCCAUACACAAAACAACAGCUUUAUGUUGAGGCACAACCAGUGGUGAGAGAACAAUGAAGAAAGGACAAGAAAGUUGUGCACUGCAACUGAGAUCACAUCCUGUCCUUUGGGUCCUGCACAUGUUGACUCCUUCCAAGGCAAGGUGCACACAUCCAGGACAGGGCAGAUCAAAAUCUACAGAUGAUCGGCAGCAACCACUUUUGUUAAAAUGUAUUCCCUCUCCAAAUACAUGCCUAAAUGUUGUGGAUCUCCUCUGGUUUUUACAGUGCUCCCACCAAAACUUCUAGUAGCCUGAGCUUGGUUGCUAGUGGCCUUGUUUUUUAUUAAUACCAUAAAGAACCUAUUUUCAAAACAUAAAAAGAACAAAAAUCAAUGGUCCUGUUUUGACAUUUGAUAUGAAGUGCCUUGCCAAAUAUGGAUACAGAGGUAUCCUUUGAAAUAAGACAAAAAUGCCCACACUGUAUAUAUGCUGUAUAUACAAUAUAUUACAUAAUUCAUAUUAUAUUGUAAUAUAUUGCAUGAUAUAUUAACAACAAAAAGAGUUCUUGUAGGGCCAUAAUUAAAGAAAGAAAAUUUUAGUCAUUUGUACCCAGCUGUUUACUGCAAAUCUAAGAUAUUUUUAACUGGGAGUUCAGCCCCAUAGAAUGCAGUUGGACAUACUUUUGAAUAGAUAAGCAUAGGAUCAGGCUACAGUAAUAUAAUUCAGUAUUUCUAUUUUUAUAAGGGAAAACGCUUUUGCUAUUUUUCUACUGGUUCCCUAAGGGUAGAAAGGUUUCAUUGUAUUUGUUGCUUUGGUGGUGGUUGUUUUUCCCAUUCACUUCUGCUGGAUUGGAACUUCCAUCUACGACCUACAAAGAAUGCUUGGAAGCUUUCCUCCCCAUCCCAGUGAAUGGUGAACAUUUCAAGUACAGGACCUCAAUAGGUCCUUUGUAUGCCAAUUGAGUAGACUUCUGAGUAGAUAUGCAUAACCGUAACUCAGUUUCUAUCUAUCCUCAUACAAUGCAAAUGAUUAAAAUUGGUCUCAGUCUAUUUAAGUAAUGUACACUACAUUCAUUUUCCUAACCAGAAACCAUGAUUUUGUCUUGACAAAUUACAGUAACAGGCAAAUAAGGGAUGCAAAUAAUAAAGCCAGAGAUGGCAAGGGAUGGGAACAGGCCUUUAGCAUGGGAAGAUGUUUUUAGCUUUAAUGCCAGCAUACCUGGGACAGGUCCAGCUUGAGAAUUGAAACUGCUUUUGUUAAAUAUGUGAAAUGUAAGAAAAAUAUCUAGUUGUCAUUAUUGUUAGUUUGCUGGAAGCAUUGUAUUAUCCUUAUUGCUAUUGUUCGUUGAAAGCACCUUACUGAUGCAGUGUGUGUGUUUCUGUGCAUAUAAUACACACAUGCAAAGCUCACCUAUCAGACAACUGAAUGUAGCUCUUCUAUAUAACCAGUCGACAGGUUAAAAUACAACAAAACCACAGGGGGAAAAAAACCAUUUUCUGCUAUCUUUUCUCAUAUGCAAUCAUGUGUGCCUAAGGCUUAGCGAUUGUUAAAAAUCAUUAUUGCAUAUCAAAUUUUAUAUUCCUGAGAGAUAUGAGAGUGUUCACUUGGUCUAGGAGUAAACACACACAAAAAACCUUGUCCUUCAACUACGGACUUUCAUGGCAGCUAAUUCUUUUAGCUUUUUGACCACAUCCAAAGAUCAUUGACUCAAACGGGUUCCUAAUAGCAGGCAAAUAUAGGUUUGUAACCGACCUUGCUGGCUGGGGAAUUCUGGGAUUUGAAGUCCACAAGUCUUAAAGUUGCCAAAAUCAGACACCUCUGAUUUAGAGGCUCAAAGAAGAAAAGAGGGAGCUGUAAAUUUUUAUUUGGGAUUUUAUAAGGACGAUUUUUCUGUGUGCAAAACUUUUUUUAAAAUCUGAGUGUCAUUAUGGAUUCUAGCUCAGGCCGAUUUCUUGCCAACCAUCUCCACUGCUUCUUUUGGGGCAUUGCAAGAUGUACUUAGCCCCUCUGGUCAAGUUCUCGUUACUCACAACACAUCUAUAAAUAGAUUGAUCACUGACUGCUGGGGGAAGAGACUUAGUUGAAGAAUUGUGCCCUUCAGUGAAAUGGCAAUAGCCAUUCUGCUUUUCCAGCCAGAUAUGAAUCUGUAAUUUUGGGGACUAUUGAGAAAUUCUUCACCACGAAGGAAUCUCAGUGAGAGGAAAAUGGCGUGAGAACACAAAUUAACAGCUGCAAUCUCAUAGCUGUAGAAAGCUCGGGAUUCUACUGCUCUUUAAGUCCUUGAGAUAAAAUUGCCCCAUGUUUUGUGCAAAUAAGGCAGUCCCUCCCACGAUUGUCCUCUUAAGCUCCAGCUAAGAAACAUUCACCUUUUGUGAUGUUUUGAUAGCCAGGAGAAAGAAAGACACAUCAAGCAGCUCUGGAACAAGAGAAGCUGCCCAGA